GUCGCUCGUACUAUAUACUGUAGGUAGCUGGUUAGCACCGGGGCAUCAAAAUCUGCCAUUUAGUGUAAGUGUCGCUAAAAAUGAGCGAUAAUGGAAAAGGUUACGGCGAGCGGGUACGUAUGAGCUUUGUGAAUGCUCUGAUUUUAACGUUUUCAUUGAGCUAACGUAUAAAAUAAUUCGCUUGUAAGGCACUGAAGUGGUAACGCUCACAGUACUCAUAUUGUGUUGGCUAAUGCUGGUUAGCUGACGUUAGCUAGCUAGCUCAAGUCGAAAUCCGCUACUGGUUUAUUAUUUGUUUUAUAACACAAACAUGCCGUUUCCAGUUUUAUUCACUAAUAUUGUAUAUGACUAAAAUGAGCCCCAUGCAAGGUAACGAUAUACGUACAAGAUAUCGUCUGCUAAUAUCAGUUAGCUAGCUGACAGACGCUAGCUUAUCAACGUUAGCUAGGCCCCAGUCCUUGUCUGUAUGAACGAGAUAUGCAGCGCAAAGACUGCGUUUGCGACGCCGGCUUUAGCCAACCAGGCAGCCAACCCAGUUAUUAUAAUCCGAACCUGUGAAUGAUCAAAAUGAUUAUUUGAAUGUUUGUUAUUAACAUUGGCUACGUAUUCUAUCGGCAUGAUUUAACGUUGGUUACAAAUAGCGUUAUAAAAUUAUAAAAGCAGUCAGACAUGUUGAACACCUUGAAUGUAAUUUCAGACGGUCUGUUUGCAGAAACCCAUAGCAAUGUCGUUUCUCUGUUUACAGUAGGUUAAUUCUCCAGAGUAGUUUACCACAUUUUAAUUUUAUAAUUUUGAUACGAUAGUAAGCUGCGUUCUGACACAGUAGACUUGAUCUCGAUUGAGUGAUGUGAAUUUACGUUUGCUAACAUUUAUUUUAGAAUAUCAUCAUGAUUUCUCACAUUUUGGGCUGAUGAUGAUAAAUAUUAUGAUAAACAUUAAAACCAAUUAAAAAAAAAAAACGAAACAAACGGCCUCAAGAUUUCUUCUCAUUCAUUUGCAUUAACUCGCACAUUAGCCUUGUAUCCUGGCAACAUAGCGGUACCACUCUACAAGUAGCUGGUUGCUAUGUUACCAUGGUAGACUCCAGCCCCCUGUCAGUGGACUGACCAUGUCUGCACAUCUUCUAAAACAGAGCAAUUUGCAGUGGUUUAGAACUACUCUUCAGUAGUAUGCCCCAUAUGUUGUUUUUUGCAAGUUACAUCCAGCUUGCACAGCACUUUAAUGGCCAGACUUAAAUGAAAUUGCUGUGUUUGUCUUGAAUUUUGGCCUGCUUGUGACAGCUUCUCAGUGUGAUAAUCUAGAACCCAUCUCAUGUUUAUUUUCACAAAGUAUGUGGAGGCAGUUUUCUGAACAGAUGAGAGUAUAACUGCCUUAUAAUCAGUCAAACAUCAGUUGCUUAUUAAUUAUCAAAGACCUAUCAUUUUUUUAAUGUUUUCAAGUUUAAGUAAAGGGGCAAUGCAAGGCCACCAGGACUGUGUAUGUUUGUGUCUCACUGUGUUAAAACAGUUCCUUUUUAAAAUAUAGCUACAGCUCAUGUGCUGAACAUUGGCUCCCAAGGUUUCAUGUCUUUCAUGCAAGUCAAUGCAAAUGAGCAGCAGCAGCGUCUUGAGGUCGUUUGGCAUACCUUCAGUCGAGAUUUGUUUAUUUUAUUUGAUCUUUAGAAGGUAUUAUUCACAUUCAGGGGUUUGAUAUACACCUUCAUGCCUUAGAAGCCACUUUACAAUAAUUACGUCAACAGGAUCCAUGUAAGAAGGAACAAAAUGUAUUUAAAAUGAAAAGUAUUUAUGUAUUUAUUGCUCUUAUUAUUUUAUACCAUUUUGUGAAUGUGUUUCUGUAUAGGUUAAUAUUGUUUGUUCUGUUUUCCUGAAAGUGCAGUUUUAAAGAUUAUCACACCGUCCUUGUGUUUGCAUCUAACUGAAAGUGGCAGAUAGGACAUAAUAGUGAAUGUAAAACCACUGAAUGUGAAAUAUUUGUAGAACUAACAUUAAAGAUUUGUAUUAUGUGCUCUUAAACAUUCCCAUGCAUGUCAUAAGAUCGUAAUAACACAUUAAAAGUUGAAUGAGGGUGCAGUUUUAAUUGUAGUCAUAUAUUCUUCAUCCUUUUCUUUUCCAUAAAGGUUAAGGUUGGACGAAGAAAAUACGGAAGAAGUCUCAUGUCUACUUUAUUUUCAGUAAAAUGAAGCUCAGAUGUGUGAAGCUGAAUUGUUGAAUGCAUGCUAAAACAGCAGGAGGGAAGAAGUAUGGGCAGUGUGUGAGAUGGGGGAAGUAAGAAGAAUUAAGACAAUUGAAGAAAGAAGAAUAAUGUGAAGUAAUGAAGUUACAGAAAUGAAGUUAAGGAAGUAAUCUGGAUAAGGUCACGGCGCUAAGUAAUUUUCUGGAUAGUUUAAAUUCUUAACAUAUACUUAUUUAGGCAAAUUUGUCAGUUUGUCAUCUCACUGGUCCUGAUAAGAGGCGUGUUGGUGUGUGCGGUCCGUUCAGGAGUCUCGCUCUGCAUCCAGGAGCGUGAGUCCACGGGGCUCUGGGAAGUCUGCAAGCCGCUCCCCGGCUCGCUCGCCUGCCCAUUCAAAAGAAGGCUCCCGCCACUCCCACUCCAAAUCUCGGUCUCGGUCAAGGUCAAAAUCUGGCUCCCAUUCCCACCGUGGCUCACGCAGACACUACAGCCGAUCUCGCUCACGCUCAAGGUCCUAUCGUCGCCGAUCUCACAGCAGGUCCUACAGUGGAGAGCGCCGGCGCAGGAGCCAUAGCCGCUCACCCAUGUCCAAUCGCCGCAGGCACAUCGGCAACCGCGCUAAUCCAGAUCCAAACUGUUGCCUGGGAGUGUUUGGCUUGAGCUUGUACACCACAGAGAGGGAUCUGAGGGAAGUCUUCUCUAAAUAUGGCCCCCUGUCGGAUGUCUCCAUCGUGUAUGACCAGCAGUCACGGCGCUCCAGGGGCUUCGCUUUCGUUUACUUCGAGAACAAGGAUGACGCUAAAGAGGCAAAGGAACGAGCCAAUGGAAUGGAGCUGGAUGGUCGGAGGAUCAGAGUGGACUUCUCCAUCACAAAAAGACCUCACACCCCAACCCCUGGAAUCUACAUGGGUCGGCCCACAUAUGGUGGAGGGGGUCCGAGCGGUCCUCGACGCUAUUCACGCGACUACGACCGUGGAUAUGAUCGCGGAUACGACCGAGGCGGCUAUGAUCGCUAUGACGACAGAGACUACUACAGAUCAUACAGAAGGCGAUCUCCUUCACCAUACUACAGAGGGGCCUACAGGUCUCGGUCCAGAUCACGGUCUUACUCUCCCCGUCGGUAUUGAACGCUGCUGUCCAGCCCAUCCUCUUCCCAAGCACAGACAGGAAAUGUUUCUGAGUGGUUUGAUUGAUUUCAGAAUAGAUCUUCUUUCUUCUGUCUGCUAAUGUACAUGAGCCGUAAACGUGUACUGAGUUCAGUCGUGAAGCAGUGUCAUUUGACAUGACUCAAGCGGUCCCGUUUUUAAUUUUAAAUGUACAGGCAACAUGGCAACCGGAAGUUAUAUAUGAAUGUUUUAAUUUUUUUUUUUUUAAUACGAAUUCAGUGAAGAAUCAUCUUUGAACAGAUUAAAAGGAAGAUGCAUUUUU